UCUGUGGACAGGAAACUCCAUACUUGGGUAAAAUUGAUGGAAAUAAUAAGUGUAUGGAAUUAUUAUUGCACAUAAAACCAGUUUUCCUACUAAAUUACAGUGCUCCCCUAAUAAACGUUAGUGCACAGUGUCUUAAUUGCCAUUUCCGAUUCGUGUUGAAUACACGAUGCACGCAGUGGUUUAGCCUACAUAUUUACAUACUUUUAUUCAUUCAUUAUAUCAGCACAAAAUGCAUGCAAAAUAUGAAACCCUUGCUUUCUGCCUUGAUAAACCAGUAAUCCAAUAAUUCAAGUGGUCAGGUCAGUUCUGUUUUACAUUUAUUUCUUCUUGGUGUACUUUACAUACCUACGUAGUUUUAUCCUUAGAACAGUAGUAGUGGCGUUGGUUUUACUAAUUUCUGUCUGCUGUAGAUAUUAUCAUACGUUGGGAAUUUGAUUGAGAUCAAUCUCACUCGUAUCGGUGUAUGAUAGAGGCUGUUGAUGAAUCCUCAUUUUAAUCUCAAUUUGGGCAACAAUUUUCCUAUUACUUGUGUAAUACUAAAAACCUUCGCGUUAUCAAUCCAACCAGUUUUUGUAGUUUCUGUAAUUUUAAUAGCGCUGUCUAGUUUGUACACGCCACCAUCAAACACUUGUUCCCAACUUGUGUUGUUGUGGUCGUCAAUCAAGACGCGACGAGGUUUCAUUGUAGUCCUCGUAUCGAAUUAUACUGCCAAAAAAAUGAGAAAAGAAAUUGUGAAAACGUAAAAUAUUUCGAAAUUAGCUGCAAACGAAAUAAAAUUCGACAUGGGUCAAGAUAAUGUCUCACUUGAGACGACCUAUUCUUCUGAGCAAACCUCCACCAGCAGCCCCCAAGUUACGACUCUACUCUCCAGUUCCUAUUCUGACAAGGAUUUCAUGGAAAAAGCGACCAGUUCCAGUUCGAUCUGCUCAUCAGACUCCUCCUCUCAUGUCCCCUUCACAAUUGACCUCACAGGACCCAUGCCCGUGAUCGGAGUCCUUAAUCGUGACGGUACUGAGCAAAAGAAACCACAAUUUGAGACUAUUUCCGUCCGAAGAUACAACAGACUGAUUCGAGAAGCGUCCCAAGUUCCUGUCGUGGUCGCAACCUCCAUUCCCAAUGGAAUCGAGGAAGAUAUUUCCUCUGUUCAAUUCAAAAAUGUGUCCGACAUUGACCCCGAACUUUUGAAGGAAGGCAAGGAAUUCAUCCAAAGGAACUUUUUCGCAAUAAUUCUUGCCCACUUGGUGGCUAUUGCAUUUUUGCUAGCAAUUAAACCAGUCCAAGCGCUACUCCUGAGAACGGGAUCAAUACACAAAAAAGAAAAUACGCUCAAACGUUACUUGUCUCUCAUUAUUGCCAUAAAAAACCUUUACGAGUGUGACCUGGUAGAGGCUGACGAUGUCGAGUCUGCAGCCAAGAAAAGUAGUAAAAACAAUGGACAGAAUCAGUCGUCGGUGUCCAGCAUCGUUGAGACAAAACCUCAGCACAAGUACAAUGAGGAGAGCGUGACGGGGAAGGAGUUGGACAGUUUGCGACGAGGGUUGAGCAACGUGUCCAAAAACUAUAGAGUCUUUGUCCCACCUCCCACACACACGAUGAGGCUGGACGCGGAGGAACAGGUCCUGCUUCUCGCUCUCAAGGAGGAUUUGGCCCUUCUGCAACCAUUGGAUAAAAUAGGCCUGGAUCGGGACAAAAUUUACACCACCAUCAAUCCUGACGUGCCACUGAGUCAGUACGACAUGGUCAUGCUCCAGUUUGCCUUCUUUGGAUUCAUCACCCUUUUCCCAACAACUUUCGGAAUUCAUGAGUCGACAAAGAAAUUUCCGAAAAAUAUUUCAGGCUUCAUUCACUUGUGGGGUGUGCUCGGAAAGCGUUUCGGGAUUGAGGAUAAAUUCAACCUCUGCCUCAAUCGCAACUUUGACUCGGAGACGAAUCUCGAGAUUUUUAGAGAGAUUUUUCUCUUUAGCUUCAAACUCGCGGAUGAUAAUUUGCUCAAGCUGUGGAGAACAAUGACGGCAGGCUCUUCCAGAUACUUUUUCUUCUUCAGAACAAAGUCAAUGCUCCAAUUUAUGCUAAAAAACGUGGCGAAAGUUCAGGACUGUCACAAUGUGUAUUUCCUCAUGAAUUUCUUCGAGAAGCUUUGCUACCAUUCCCAUCAGUUUUGCGUCUCUUGGCUCCUAAGGUUUUGGGUGACGAGAGUUUUUGUAAAUCUGUGUGCAAGGACAGUCUUCUUUCUCGGCUAUAAACUCUACCUAAGAAGAAUUAAGCUCCAGAAAGAAAAGUAUGAAUAUGAUCGAGAUAUGAUUGUCAAAACUGUACAUUAAUAAAGUACGUACAUAUCUGUCAUAGUUUUGAGUAUGUACAUCAUAAA